UAAACCUCAAGAGAUGUCAGUCGAGGCAGAUUUGGAGUACGCGUACGGAUGGAACCGUUAUACAAUGAUGUUUAUGGGCAUUUGGCCAGAACAUAGAAGUCUCAGUCAAGCUUCGAGUUACAAAGCGAUAGUCCCUGUUCUAAUGAUGUUCUGCUUCAUCUGUGUACCGCAAUCGGCCAAUUUGCCGUUCAUUUGUGGCGACUUUGACUUGGUGGUAGAAAACUUGUCGAUGGCAAAUAUAACAAUUACAAUCAGCGCGUUGAAGGCCAUUAUAUUUUGGUCUAACGGUGGACCCCUAAGGACGCUUAUAUCAUACAUGACGAUGGACUGGAGCGCGACUGUGGAUAAACGAGACCGCAAGACGAUGUUGGACAUAGCGAACGUCACCAGGAAACUGUCGAUAAGAAGCACUGUGUUCGCUUACAUUGUAGUGAUAUUCUACGUCGCAUUUCGAUACGUGGUAAUCCGACAAACCGGUCGCCAACUAUUCUAUCGCGCGUACUUCCCUUACAACAUGACCAAGAGUCCUUCUUACGAAUUGACCCUUUUCGGCCAAUUCGCGGGCACUAUGUAUGCGGCAACUACUUACACGGCAGUGGACACUUUCAUUGCCACCUUAGUGCUCCACGUAUGCGGCCAGCUUUCGAAUUUGCGUCGCGAGCUGACAAAUCUGUGCACCUACACAAAGGCGGAUUUCCAGACGAAGCUGGGAAAGAUCGUGAGAAAACACGAAUAUCUCAACAGAUUUGCAGAAACGAUCGAAGACUCUUUCAACAUGAUGCUUUUGAUCCAAAUGUUGGGAUGCUCGAUGCAACUUUGUUUUCAGUGUUUGCAGGCGUUUAUGUCAAUAAUGGGUGAAAUGGACAAAGUAUUCAUCUUCAAAUUCGUUUUCCUGUCGUGCUAUGUGGUUUACGUGUUGCUGCAAUUGUACCUGUACUGUUACAUCGGUGAAAAACUACUUAUCGAGAGCACAAAAAUAGCAUACGCGGCAUAUGACUGCAGUUGGUACAACUUGUCAGCGCGCGAAGCGAGAUUGCUAACGAUCAUCAUGUGUCGAGCUCGGUCGCCAUUAUAUAUUACCGCAGGCCGAUUCUGUUCUUUCAACCGGGAGCUCUAUAGCGAGACGGCUUGUCGAUUACACGUGUGUCGUCGACAAAGAAGAUGAUAGUUAACGCGAGAGUGCUUGCAUCGGUCGCACUGGUAACCUACGG